GCAAACGUUAUUUAACAUUUUUAAAUAGCUAUGGAAAACAAUGCGUCGGCAUCGACAGAAACGAAAACGGACGCGAACAGAUGCAAGGUGUUAAUAAUCGGGGCCGGCAUGGCCGGUUUGUCGGCCGCCUAUCAUUUCGCGAAGAACGGUUUCCACGAUUUCAAAGUGUUGGAGGCGCGCGGUCGUAUCGGGGGCAGGAUCGUGCAGAUCGAAAUGGGCGAGGAAAAAGUUGAAUUGGGGGCCAACUGGAUUCACGGUGUCCUAGGAAAUCCAGUUUAUGAACUGGCUAUGCAACAUGGACUGGUGGACAUAAUGGCAAUUCCAAAGUCACACAAAGUCGUUGCAACCACUGAAAAGGGAAAACAAGUACCUUUUGCCGUUCUUCAAGAAAUCUACGAGGCUUAUUUGUGCUUCCUGAAACGAUGUGAAGAGUAUUUCAUCUCCCAAUACAUGCCCCCAGACGGAAUUGACACCGUGGGUGACCACAUAAAACUGGAAGUGAGCUUGUACCUGGACAAAAUAAAGGACGAACACGAACGUCACCUGCGACAACUAAUCUUCGACUGUCUCCUCAAACGUGAAACCUGCAUCUCCGGCUGUGACGACAUGAACGAAAUCGACCUGAUGGAGAUCGGCUCGUACACUGAACUGCAGGGCGGGAACAUCACUCUGCCUCAGGGUUACAGUGCGAUUCUGGGGCCGAUUUCCGCCCCAAUUCCCCCGCACAAUUUGCACAGGAAACACGCCGUAAGCUGCAUAAAAUGGAGGCGGAGGGAUAAGGUGAAACGGGACGGCUACGAGUCGGACGAUUCGGAUCGUACGGUUGUCGAUGAGAGUAGCAGGGAGUCGAGUGUGGAGAGAGAACCUGCGGACUUUAUGGUGGAAGUUAUUUGUGAGAACGGCGCAAGGUUCCAGGCUGACCAGGUCAUUUGUACUAUACCUUUGGGGGUGUUGAAAAGCAAAGCGGAGACUCUGUUUCAACCUAAGUUACCCGAGUAUAAACUGGACGCCAUCGAUCGGUUGUUAUUUGGGACAGUCGAUAAAAUUCUGUUGGAAUAUGAUAGGCCGUUCUUAAACCCAAACAUCACAGAAGUAUUAUUGCUUUGGGAACCUGAAACCGAAAAGACAGACGAUUACAGCAAAACGUGGUUUAAAAAGAUCUAUUCGUUUUCGAAAAUCACUGAAACGCUGAUUCUGGGUUGGAUCAGUGGCAAAGAAGCUGAGUACAUGGAAACGCUACCCAACGACAUCAUCAUCGAUACUUGUACGGAUAUUCUUAGGAAAUUUUUGUGUGAUCCGUACAUUCCAAAACCGAAAAGAUGCGUCUGCACGAGUUGGGCGAGUCAACCUUACACAAGAGGCUCUUACACAGCUAUAGCGGUUGGGUCGUCGCAAAUAGACAUCGAAUGCCUCGCGCAACCGUUAUUUUUAGACGAGAGUGAGACUAAGCCUGUGGUGUUGUUCGCGGGCGAACACACGCACACGAACUUCUACUCGACGGUCCACGGUGCGUAUUUGUCAGGACGAACGGCCGCUCAGAUAGUGAUGAGCGACGAUCAACCGGAGGAAAUUAUUGUCGACUGCGAGGAAGCGACGGACCUCAGUUCCUGGAUCCAGGGCAUCAACCUGGAGUGAAUAUCCAGCUGCCUUAAAAAUCAAUUUUUGUCUGUUUUGUGGUUUUCGGGGCGAACUGUUAAAACUUUUGUGUGUUUGAGGCUUGUUCAGUAUUUAUUUGGAUGGGUUGGACGGACUUUUGUUCUGUAUACUGCCAUAGAUUGUCUUGAGAGAAUGUGAUGUGUGUCUGUAAUUUUAUAGAUACUUUGAUAUUGUUCAGAUCUUUAUGUGCAUUGUAGAAACUACGGUACGCUGAGUAUUGGCCGCUUUUAAUUAUGAAUUUAGCGUGUAAAAUCUGAGAGAAAUGUUAAGAAGUGAUAAGAUUGUUAUUAUGAGGAUAAAAUUAUGCAUAUUUUACUAAUUCGGUUUUAAUAAUCCUCGGAAAAUGUGGCAAAUUUAAGCUAUUUUUGGCCUUACCAUUUAAGUAAAAGUAUUUUGUAUAUUUUAAGACACAAAGCCAAAUAUUUCCAAAGGCACAGUAGAAACUUUGUAUAUAUAAUUUUACUUCAUAAUAGUAUUAAUUUUGUAGGCUAUGAAAACAUCGCAUUUUUUUGUACAGACAUAUUAUUUAAUUGCUUGUACACAACCGACUUUUUUCUGUUUUGUUAUUUGAUUAUGUCUGUUUGUUACUCUUUUUAAGCUUACACUAGUCAUUUUUAACAAUUGUUUUAUUAAAUAAACUAUUUAAAUAUUAAAA